UGAGCAUUCGCCUCGACAGUGCUGAUGCGAGCAAGGCUAGCUCUCCCUGCUCCCUAGCACCGACGCAGGCAAAGAGAGGCUACGCACGUUAGCUCCACACAAUGCCAAUUGUAUCUAAUAGCGUCUUAUAGCGAAGGAGAACAGGGCGACGCGGUGUGAAAGAACUACCUAACUCAAAUCGAACGAGCGAAACACCAACCUGAUCGGGCUGGAGAGGAUAGGGCACUGCUGCUGUCGGUGCAAAAAAGACACAGUAACCUAUUUAACGCCUUCGUGAACCUCGGCGUAAACCUUAAGCAAACAUGUCAACAUCGGCAAGGGAAGGUAGCGCCCAACAUGCCAAUUACGUGGGACCCUAUCGCUUGGAAAAGACCCUAGGAAAAGGGCAGACAGGUCUGGUGAAGUUAGGAAUUCACUGCGUAACAUGUCAAAAAGUGGCCAUAAAGAUCGUCAACAGGGAGAAGCUCAGCGAAUCUGUUCUAAUGAAGGUGGAACGAGAAAUAGCAAUUUUGAAGCUGAUCGAGCACCCACAUGUUUUAAAACUUCACGAUGUUUAUGAAAAUAAGAAAUACUUGUAUCUGGUACUGGAGCAUGUCUCUGGGGGAGAGCUGUUUGACUACCUGGUCAAGAAGGGCCGUCUGACUCCCAAAGAAUCACGCAAAUUCUUCAGACAGAUCAUCUCUGCCCUGGACUUCUGCCAUAGCCACUCCAUAUGCCACCGAGAUCUGAAGCCAGAGAACCUGCUCCUGGACGAGAAGAACAACAUUCGUGUGGCUGACUUUGGCAUGGCUUCCCUGCAGGUCGGCGACAGUCUCCUGGAAACCAGCUGUGGAUCCCCUCACUAUGCAAGCCCAGAGGUCAUAAGGGGAGAGAAGUACGAUGGUCGGAAGGCUGAUGUCUGGAGUUGUGGCGUCAUUCUCUUUGCACUUUUAGUGGGCGCGCUGCCAUUUGACGAUGAUAACCUGCGGAACCUACUGGAAAAGGUGAAACUGGGUGUGUUCCACAUGCCUCACUUCAUCCCGCCGGAUUGCCAGAACCUGCUGAAGGGCAUGAUCGAGGUGGAUGCCAACAAGAGACUCACGUUGGAUCAGAUUCAGAAACAUGCGUGGUACAUAGCCGGCAAAAGCGAGCCAGAACCCCAGCCGCCGAUCCAGCGUAAGGUGGCUAUGAGGCUUCUCCCUGCGAUGGAGGACAUCGAUCCGGACGUGCUGGACAGCAUGCACUCCCUGGGCUGCUUCAGGGACAAGAGCAAACUUGUCAAAGACCUGCUGGCCGAGGAUGAUAACCAGGAGAAGAUGAUUUACUUUUUGCUUCUGGACCGAAAGGAGCGUUUCCCCAGCCAUGAGGAUCAGAACCUCCCACCCCGCAAUGACAUCGAUCCUCCUCGUAAGCGCGUGGACUCGCCCAUGUUGACGAGGCACAACAAGCGGAGACCGGAGAGGAAGAGCAUGGAGGUGUUGACCGUCACCGAGGGAGGCUCUCCUGUGCCCGUCAGACGAGCCAUAGACCUGACCAAUCACGGGCAGAGGUCGAGGUCUAUCAGUGGAGCAUCUUCAUGUCUGUCCACCAGCCCUCUCAGCAGUCCCAGGCCUGUGCGCCGCUUUUUCGUUCCGCCCCAGUCUCCCGACUUCUGCCAGUCGCCCAACUGCAGCCCCACGCACUCCCCACGCGGCGGGCCCCGCCUUAACGGCAACGGCCCACUUUCCCCUCGGACGCGCAUCCCGUCCCACGCUGACCCCAAAACCCAGACGCUCCCGGCCAAGCCACGCUCGCCCCACAAGCCCCUGCAGACCACACGCUCCAACCCCCUGCCCCACACCGGCCCGCCCCCGUCCCACGUUCAGUCGGAGCCCUCCACGCCCUCGUCCCCGUACCAGCCCCUGCCUUCGCCCAUCCUCCACAGCCCGGCGCGGGCGCGCCGCUCGCCCCUCACCGUGCCCCCCAAGCUGGCCAUGUCGCCGCUGUCGCCCGUCUCGUCCCUGUCGCCCCUGUCGCCGGUGCGGCUCCACCGGCUGCACCCGGAGCUCACGGCCAAACCUGUGCCCCCCUGCCUCCUGCCCCAGGUGACGCCGCACGGCUCGCCGCGUGCCAGCCCGCUGCCCACGCCCAAGGGCACGCCCGUGCACACGCCCAAGGAGAGCCCCGCCGGCACGCCCAGCCCCACCCCGCCGCCCAGUCCCUCGCUGGGGGGGCUGCCCUGGAGGACGCGCCUCAACUCCAUCAAGAACAGCUUCCUGGGCUCGCCGCGCUUCCACCGCAGGAAAAUGCAAGUUCCCACCCAGGAGGACAUGUCCAGCCUAACGCCAGACUCAUCACCCGAGCUGGCUAAGAAGUCGUGGUUUGGCAACUUCAUCAGUCUGGAGAAAGAGGAGCAGAUCUUCGUGGUGAUCAGGGACAAGCCCUUGAGCUCCAUCAAAGCAGACAUCGUUCAUGCCUUCCUCUCUAUUCCCAGCCUUAGCCACAGCGUGAUUUCUCAGACUAGUUUCCGGGCUGAGUAUAAGUCGUCCGCAGGGCCCGCCGUGUUCCAGAAGCCGGUGAAGUUCCAGGUGGACAUCACCUACUCCGAGAGUGGCUGCGCCCAGAAGGAGAAUGGCAUUUACUCGGUCACCUUUACCCUGCUCUCAGGUCCGAGCCGGCGUUUUAAGCGAGUGGUAGAGACCAUUCAAGCACAGCUGCUAACCACUCAUGACCAACCAGGAGUCCAACAAAUAUCUGACCCGUGUCGUCGCGCUGAGGGGCAAACAGGCAGACAUCCCAAGAGUGGUAGUCCGUUGAGUAACUUCUUUGACGUAAUUAGGCAGCUUUUUUCAGACGAGAAGCACGGUCAGGCGCCACGCUCCCCCGGCACGCCCAGCAAGCACGGGGCUGCCAACGGCAGGAAGCCAGAGCCCGAGUCCUCUGACUCUAAGAGCCAAGCGGGCAAAGACAGGGCCCAGCCUCCCUCGCCCACGCCCUCCCCCUCCCCCUCCCCCGCUGGGACACAGGAACAACCUUAAGAGAGGGGAUUUUAUAGUAGAGGACUAGAUUUCCAAAAAGAAAAGAGAAAUAUAAAGUAAAAAAGAGAAUAAAGAUCAUAAAAGUUAAAUCUAGGAAAUAACUGGUUGGUUUGAGCUACCAACAAUUUUUUUUUGUACAAUGAUUGGAAUGAACUGGAACUGUAAGCAAAUUUCUGUUUUAAAGGCACAGGUGCAUUCUAACCUUCCCCUCAUUUGUUUUUCAUUUGUUUUUAUUUGAUCAUUGUUUUCUAUUUGUCUCCUGUACACAGUUUGGUGAUCGCUUGGCUUGUUUUCACUACCAGGAAUUAUCCAGAAAACGUAUUAAAGUUCCCCCCCUGCCAUCUCAAGAGGACACUUUGACUUUUAAGGCAGGAGGUUCCUAAGGACAAACACCCAUCACAAUGUUUUUACAUGUCCCCAUCGUGACUCAGAGAGAAUAGCCAUUAUGUGAAACAAAAUGUCCCCACCAAAAUGUCCCCAUAAUGAACAGUACCAAUGUACAUACCUCUCCUUUGUCCUCAUUAUGCAUCAUCAAAUACACUCUGCUGUGCGUCCCAUUGGCCGUAGCAGAUGGUCUGCACUGCUCUCCCCAACAACCUCCACCCUCUCCCUCUCCUCACCUGCUGGAUUGUGGACGACAGAAGACUGGGAGAAAAGCCUUAAGACAAAUAUGUUCUUCAAGCACAUAGUCUCUCUCUCUCUCUCUGUUUCUUCUCUACCCAACACAUGUAGGCAUACACACACACACACACACACACACACACACACACACACACUUGGAUGUAUAAAGCUACAAGAAGAGAGAGAAUGUUAGCACAGACAUAGGAUCAAAUGGGGAGUGUGGUGGAGACAGCCACAGUGGCACUGGAUUGUACUCCUUCUGUAGAAUUACUUUCUGAAUGAACCAUCACUGCUCUCUAAUGGACUUGCUGUAAAUGAAAUGAGAUCCUAGUGGCAAAAACGAAAUAUUGGGUACAUGCCACUGCAAUGGGGUAGGCAAAGUAAGACACAAAGGAAAUAUUAUGUUGUACAGACUAGAUAUGUUUUUAUUGUAUUACAAAUGUCUAGCUGUGACAUCGAUCAGGCUGUGUAUCUAUUUAUUUUUUUUGGUCAUUUGUGGUCAAAGUCACUUAUAUGUCACCUUUGAUUGGUGUUAUGCAUUAUUGAUGUUUGAUUCUGUUUGUUUAUUUUUUCUUAUUCUGUAUUUAAUGUUUUUAAUAUUUUUGAAGGAAGCAUCUGCAGGAUUCAGAGAAUCAUAAUUGUGAAUAUUUUUGUAAUUUAUUUAUUUGGUUUUAAUGGUGAAUGUCUUGUCUUUCUGUUAAUAUAUAUACAAAUACACACACCUUAAUUUAUUCUACUCUUAGGUAUUUAUAGGAACAAAACGGGGUAGAUAGUUGACAAUUUGUCGUGAUAUCAGGGCAUCAUUGACCAGAAGUUUUUGGCAAAUAUUUUCUCCUAUACUUAUGGUUGAACUGGCUAACAGUAUGUGAUCAAAGACACCUGUUUUUUUUUUUCCUUUGUCCAAUUUGGAAAAAGCUUGUAUUGUAUGUUCAAUUAUUUAUGAGUAAUUUAAGAAUGUAGACUAGCAUUUUGGGGAGAGGGGUGACCCACUGAUGUCUGUCUCUGAUGUCUCUUCUUGUUGGUGUGCAACUGGGGGCUGAGGGUGUGGGAGUGACUCUCAAGGAGACUGGCUGUAAAUAGAUUUCUUUCUUGGGGAAUUAGGGGGAUGGGGUUCCACAUGGCACUUGGUUGCAGGAGACCUGCUCCUGGGUUUGAUCUUGUAAUGCUGUUUGCAUGUCUGGCGGCCGAAUUUUCUUUGCAUGAUGUUGUAACCGUUAGAUUUCCACAGACCUUGUAAUCCCAAAGCUCUCCUGUUUUGUUUUGUCUUGUUUUUUGAAGGGGAAAAAAGUGUCUUUUAUUCUUUUAUUUUUUUCAGUUUGUUCGUUUGGUUUCAUUUUGCCCUCAUUUCUCCUGUAUCUAUAUUUCUGUAUUCUCUCUCUCUCUCUCCCUCUCUUCCUCUCUUCUCAUGUUUUUGUCUUUGUGUUCCUCCCUGGGCCCCCCCUCGUCCUCGUCCACCUCCUCUGUGUGCUCCCGGUGAGAUCUCAGCACUCUCCCUAGCCCUGGUGGCUGGCACAGCAUGGAGGUGGAUCCAUGAAUAAAUAAAGCAAUACAGAUUG